UGUUAUUUCUAAAGAAGAAAAAGUUGAAAUCAAACAUAAAACCCAAAUCCAAGAAGCCAUGAAAACACUCAUUUGCUCAAAACAAUCCCCACAACUUCUUCCCCUUCCAAAACCAUAUCCACGGAACCCACCUCUGCAACAUAAAAUCAGCCAAACCCUAAUCCAACCCACACCCACUUGGAAACUCCAUGCCCAAACUAAUGCCAAAGGCUUUAGCAGCAGCAGCAGCAAAUCACUCAGAGCCAAGACCAGGAAUCCCAACAACAACAACGGUAAGGAGAGCGGUGAAGAGGAUGAGCCACUUCCUCAAGUGGUGUUUAACAGGAUGAUAGUGAGGAUUUUGGUAUCUGUUGGGGCACCUUUGGCUAUUGGUAUUGGACUGUUGAACCUUUUGGGUUUGAUCAAGGACCAGAACUUAUGGGAUGUUCCCAUGUGGCUGCCAUUUCUUACUACUUUGCUCACUUUUGGAGCAUCAGCUCUUGGGAUUGCUUAUGGCAGCUUGUCUGCCAGUUGGGAUCCAGAGAAGAAAGGCUCUGUUCUUGGAUUGGAAGAAGCUCAGCACAAUUGGGCAGAGAUGUGGAGUGAAGAAAAUGAUAGCUAACCUCUACUUCUGAAUUUAGAGGGUUUCUGGAUAUCAAAGCUUCUUCAGUUUGUUCACAAUGUCCAGCGGAUAAACGUUUUCGAUCACUGUCAGUUUCUGAUCUUUCAUGUCAAUGGAAAUAGAUUCCAAACCUGAUCAAAACCAGUUUUGGGAUCAAAGUUGGUUCAAUAUAACACCUGGGUUUUUCUUUUGGUUUUGUUUGGUAAACACCCAGAUGGAAAAAUAAGAACAUAAUUGAACUCAUGUAUGAUGGACCUUUGAAGAUUCAUAUGGUUGUUAAUUUU